AGUUUCAGAACCUUUACGCGUGGAAAUUUAAAGGCCGUGGAUACACCUUUGCAAGGAAGGACCGAUAUACAUUCAUCACUACUCUUCAAUUGACACCAUGCAUGGCAUUUCGACCCUGGGCAAGCGUCGGAGCUCUAUUGAUGAAUCGACCAUCCCUGAGCCUGAUCUGGCCAAGCCAGAGUGCUACACUCUCACCACUCACGAUCAACAGUUUGGCUCUGACCCUAUCCCCAUGAAGUGGGGCGAGGAGGACCCCGAGGUCCGCGGGCCCAUCGUUGCCACCACGCGGCACCAGAGCCAGAGGAACGCCAUCGGAGCCCACUCAGGCUCCUACUGCAUUUACAAGGCCCUGGCAGUCGCAGCCGGGGCGCUGGACCCCUACUACAAGCCCAGGUUCGAGAACACGACGCCCGUGGCCAAGAUCGGGCCCUUUCCCCAGUGGUGGGCGCACCACAAGAUCGUCGCCAUGGAUCCUUUCGGUCACGUCACUCAGGCGAUGAAGUUGGGCCGCUUGCACGCGGACGGAAAUGUGCUGACCAAAGACGGGCAAGUGAAUGUGACCAAGGCUGCCAUUGAGCCGGUCUGGUACCUGCCUGCGGUGGCGGAGCGCUUCUCUGUGUCGGAGGCCAAGCUCCGCGAGACCCUCUUCGUGGAGACCAACAUGAUGUACCCCGAGCUCAUCACCCGCCCCGACAUCAAGGUAACCCCGUCUUACGAGUUGCUCGAGAUGUUGUGGCAUCCGUCUCCUACCGCUCUGUCAACCCUUCGCUCCCUUCUCUGUCGCUCCUACCCUUUUUUCCCCCCCAGUCAUCGCAUUUUCGCCUCAAUUCGCCUGCAUUCUCUCCGUCACUCCUCUACUCUUCCCUCUCUCCCGCUGCCCCUCCACCAGGUUUUUCUCCCCCCCAUCGGCGGCAGCACUGUCUACAUUUUCGGCGACCCCGAGAAAAUUCCUGACGAGAGCGUGCCUCUCACGGCCCGGGUCCACGACGAGUGCAACGGAUCCGACGUGUUUGGGUCUGACAUUUGCACUUGCCGGCCGUACUUGAUCCACGCGAUCGAGGAAUGUGUGAGAACGGCGGUUGAGGGCGGGACCGGCAUCAUCGUGUAUUACCGGAAGGAGGGGAGGGCGCUGGGCGAGGUGACCAAGUACCUCGUCUACAACAUGCGCAAGCGCCAGGAAGGUGGAGACAGGGCCGACGAAUACUUCAACUGCACGCAGCAUGUGGCAGGCAUCACCGACACGCGCUUUCAGUAUGAGGCCAUCACCAAAAGCGGGAUCAGCAUCGAUGAGCGCGUCCCCAUCCCUCCAGGGCUCGUGCCGAAGGAUGCUAGCGUGGAGAUCGCCGCCAAGGUGUUUGCAGGCUACGAUGGCGGAAGCGCCUACACGGUGCCCACUAAGGAAGACCUUUCGAAAGUCAAGGGCAGGGCCUUCAUCUCUUAGCUGGCGCACUCAUUUCAAUCUAGGCAUGGGCGCAUGCACCUUCCCCGAGACGGGGCUUGAAGCGUCGGAGCUGCAUAUAUUUAGAAAGCCAUUCAUCGCACGAUGUUGUUUGUGCACUGCUCGUGUGAAGGGCUGGUGGAGUUGGAAGGAGCACUAAAAAGGCACGAUUUGGGUACAACGCUGUAUAUCUUGAAACCAUCUUUCGAGUGCGAUAUUUCAUAGGACCUUAUGUGUUAGAUAGUCAUGGAAAAGAGAAUUUGGAAGUUUUUCUUCGUUCGAAUGACUGCUUAGCCAACACGUUUGUGCAAUGCGGGAGAGAAUAGAAAGCAGCUAUGAUGCAUUUGGUAAAAGCACACAAAAGGACAAGUUGAAGGAAAGAGAACAGUACGGAACAUGAGCUCUGAUUAUUCGAUGUAAUGUAAUCAUCGCG